UAUCUUUAAUCGUUUGAGGGCACGUGAAAUUCUUUUUUGCCACAUUCUGUACGUUUAAAUGUUUAAUAUUUAGUUGACAAUUGUAGCAACAGUGGGCUAUUAUUUAUUAACUUAUAUUUGUGAUUUAUGUUUACAUACACACACAUAUAUAAUAUAUAUAAGAUAUAUUUUGCGGAAUCAGAAACAUGACAAGAUUUGCCAGGGCUCGAGGGUCUAAAUCAUCUAACCAAAAAAUACCGGAGGAAGCAACACCAUGGUUGGAAAUGAAAGAAAAGCCUCAACAAACUGAAGACGACGAAUCAACAACAAACGCAUUAGAGGUAUCGGAAGAGAGUCGCAGUAGCAAGCACAACUCAUAUUCAAACGUAGAAAAAUUUGAUGGGUUUAGUGUAUUGAAAGAGGACGCAGUGAAACUACGAGUGGAAAAAUUCAAGUUAAUUAAACAGGGUGUGCCCAGACAUCAACUGAAGGCACAAUUGAUGCCCAUGCGUCGACGCGCUGAAAAGAAACUCUCCAGGCUCAGACAAAAAGCAUGUUUUCAUUGCCGACAACCGGGUCAUAUGCUGAAUCAAUGCCCAGAGUUGGGUACCAACACCGCUCUUGGGGUGUGCUUUAAAUGUGGAUCAACAGAACAUAAAUUACAUGAAUGUCGUAAUGCAGGAAACAGUAAUGAACUUGAAUUUGCCAAAUGUUUUAUUUGCAAAGAAGAAGGACAUCUUUCACGUCAGUGUCCCGAUAAUCCGAUGGGAUUAUAUCCAAAUGGAGGAGCUUGCCGAUCUUGUGGAGAUGUUACCCAUUUUGCCAAAGAUUGUCCAGAUAAACAAAAGAGAAAAAGAGAAGAAGAUUUACCUACAGUUGGAAUAAUGGAUAAUCGAGCAAUUGAAGAUUUAGACGAUGAAAGAACAAGAGCUAGAAAAAAUAAGACAUGGGAUUUAAGAACAUUUAAAAAAAAGAAAUUAGUCAUAAUGAAAUAAAAUAUUGAAUUUUUAAACUAUUUUUCUAUUAAUAAAAUAUGUUUAAAAAUAAAUUAAA